GAUGGCGUCUGCUGCUCUGAGACAGGAACUGAGCUGUUCCAUCUGCCUGAGCAUUUAUACAGAUCCCGUAACCCUGAGAUGUGGCCACAACUUCUGCCGGGGCUGUAUUAGUCGUGAGCUGGAUACACAGGAAGAGUCUGGAGUUUACAGCUGUCCCGAAUGCAGAAAAGAGUAUCGAAAGCGUCCUGCUCUGGAGAAAAACAGGACGCUCUGCAACAUAGUAGAACAUGUCCGCUCUAUUCCAGAGGAGGGAACUGGGGUGCUCUACACUUAUGGUGUCCAAUCUCCAGUACAAUGCUCUGUCCAUAAGAAGGUCCUGGAGUAUUAUUGCACUGAGGACUCAGCCUGUAUUUGUGUGUCCUGCUGUCUGAUUGGGGAACACAGAGGACAUAAGAUGCUAUCGCUGGAUGAGGCCUCUGAGAAGAAGAAGGAGAAGCUGAGCGAUGUUCUGCAGAAACUGACCAUAAAGAGAGCGGAGACUGAGAAAAAAGUCCAGAAUCUGCAGGAGUGCAGGAGAGAUCAGGGAAAAGCAGCUGGUGUAACAGAGACAGUCACUGCCCUGUUUAGAGACAUCAGGAGACAGCUGGAUGACCUGGAGAAGAGAGUACUGACUGAGAUCUCCAGGCAGAAACCACACAUUUCACUCUCAGUCUCUGAUCUGAUCCAGCAGCUGGAAAUAAAGAAGGACGAGCUGUCCGGGAAGAUGCGUCACAUUGAGGAGCUGUGUAACAUGUCUGAUCCAGUGACUGUCUUACAGGAACCAGACACAGGUGACUUGUGUGAUACUGAGGACACAGAGAGACAUGAUAACCAGGUCCAUGGUGCAGGAGAUCUGGAUGUGGGUCUCAUCUCAGGGACAUUACACACAUUAUCUGAUAUAAUAACAGGUAUAAAUACAGGGAUCUAUGUGCAGGAAGAUACAGACCUAUUACUGGAUGUAGCCACAGCUGGUGAUACAGACUCUGAUAUAAUAACAGGGAUAAAUACAGGGAUCUAUGUGCAGGAAGCUACAGACCUAAUUCUGGAUGAAACCACAGCUGGUGAUAAUAUACAAAUAUCAGGUGACAGGAAAACUGCAUCCAGGUCAGAUAUAAACCAGAAUCUCCCAGUAACACCAGAGAGAUUUCAGUAUCCUCAGAUAAUAAGCACCAGGGGAUUCUCCUCAGGGCGACAUUACUGGGAGGUGGAUGUCAGUAAGUCAGUGGGCUGGAGGGUGGGGAUGUGUUAUCCCAGUAUAGGCAGGAGAGGAUGGCAGGCAGUCAUUGGAUGUAAUAACAAGUCCUGGUGUCUGUGUAGGUGUAAUAAUCAGUACUCAGUGAUACAUGACAGUAGAGAGAUCAGGUUACCUGAAAAUAUCCCCUAUGGCAGAGUGAGGGUAUAUCUGGAUUAUGAGGCAGGACAGCUGUCCUUUUAUUUUAUAUGUGACCCCAUCAGACACUUACACACCUACGCUGCCGCCCUCACUGAGCCCCUCCAUGCUGCAUUAUGGGUAGGACAUGGGUGUAUAACUAUAUCUGAGGGAGUCAGUAGUUGGGAGAAAUUACCAUAAUGAAUUUGCUUAGAGACUGGUGACAUCACAGGGAGGUGAAUAUGAUUGGUGGAACAUUCAGCUAAUAGCAUGCUGCAGUAGGUGGAGCUACAGCUAAGCUCCCAUUCUCUCCUUCCCACGAGUCUUGUAUAUAAGCAUAGUUAGUGAUUUCCAGCCGCUUUCUCUAUUGCUGCUUAUCUAGCACUAUGGGCUAAAUAUAAUAGCCUCCGAUUUGCCGGAGGUGUGAGACUUUGUGCAGAUCAGCCCGUUCUUUUUAAGCAGUCGUCAUUUACAAGGUGAAACUGGGCCUGAUUCAGAGGGUUCCGGUAUGAAUAGUCGACCACGUUAUGGUCGACAGUCAUUAGGUCGACCACUAUUGGUCGACAUUGACAUGGUCGACAUGGGCACAUGGUCGACGCAUGAAGAGGUCGACACAUGAAAAGGUCGACAUAUGAAAAGGUCGACAUGAGUUUUUUAACUUUUUUUGGUGUCAUUUUUUGCGUAAAGUGACUGGGAACCCCAAUUAGUGCACCGCGUCCCCUCGCAUGGCUCGCUUCGCUCGCCAUGCUUCGGGCAUGGUGCCUUCGCUUCGCUCGGCACACUUUACCGUUCCAAUCGUAGUCCAU